CUUAAUAAGAAUAAUGGCGGAUGACAGGUACCCAUUGGAAGUUGAUUAUUGUGGUCUAUGUGGUCUUCCUCCGGAGUACUGCGAAUUUGGUCCUGAGCCUGAAAAAUGUAAAGAAUGGUUGAAAGAAAAUAUUCCGGACUUAUACGAGGAUCUUGUUGGAAAAAUUGAAGGGAUUUCUGUGGAUGGCGAUGAAAAGAAAAAACGGCAAACUAGAGGUGGUAAAGCGAACAAAUUGAUAAAGAAAAAAACAUCAGUGAAGAAAGUAGUCUUGACCAGAGAAACCCGAAGUAAGAAAAAAUGCGUAACCAUUGUUAAGGGUAUGUCAACAUUCUCAAUUGAUCCAAAGAAGGCUGCGAAGACGUUUGCGAAUAGAUUUUCCUGUGGUUCAUCAGUGACAGGUGAUGAUGAAAUUGUAAUUCAAGGUGAUGUGGCAGAUGAUUUGAUUGACUUCAUACAAGAAAAAUGGUCUGAGAUAGAAGAAGAAUGCAUUGAAGAUAAUACUUAAAGGUUCCGUUUAGAAGCACACAGUAUAAUGCGAUCAUGUAGAAAAAUAAAAUGGAUACCUUCUGAUCUUUUGUUUGCCAGUACCUUUUUUCAUGUUUGAAAUGUUAUUUUGAGAUGCUCUGAAUAUACAAAAUUGAAAUAA